AUGAGGAACCGCACGGUGGUGAGAGAGUUCGUCCUGCUGGGAAUUCCUGAGACGGAGGGACUCGAGACUGUCCUGUUGCUCCUGUUCUUGUCCUUGUACCUGUGCACUCUCUUGGGGAACGCGCUCAUCCUCACAGCCAUCCUCUCCUCCUCUCGGCUCCACACGCCCAUGUACUUCUUCCUGGGAAACCUCUCUGUGUUUGACCUGGGAUUCUCCUCCACAACGGCACCCAAGAUGCUGGUCUACCUUUCUGGGCAGAGCCGGAGGAUCUCUUUCGAGGGCUGCAUCUCCCAGCUCUUCUUCUACCAUUUCCUGGGCUGCACCGAGUGCUUCCUGUACACCGUGAUGGCCUACGACCGCUUCGUGGCCAUCUGUCACCCGCUGCGUUACACGGUCAUCAUGAGCCACCGGGUCUGCUCAGUCUUGGCCACAGGGACCUGGAUGGGCGGCUGCAUCCAUGCCAUUAUCCUAACCUCCCUCACCUUCCAGUUAGCCUACUGCGGCUCCAAUGAAGUGGGCUACUACUUCUGCGACAUCCCUGCCGUCUUAUCUCUCGCCUGCGGAGACACGUCUUUGGCGCAGAGGGUAAGCUUUACAAACGUGGGGAUCCUCUCUCUCAUCUGCUUUGGGCUCAUCCUCGUGUCCUACACCCGCAUCGGGAUCGCCAUCUCCAAAAUGCGCUCCGCGGAGGGCCGCCAACGCGCCCUCUCUACCUGCAGCGCCCACAUCACUGCCAUUCUCUGCGCCUACGGGCCCGUGAUCAUCAUCUAUCUGCAGCCACACCCCAGUGCUCUGCUGGGCGCCAUUGUCCAGAUACUGAAUAAUCUUGUCACCCCAAUGUUGAACCCGCUGAUCUAUAGCCUAAGGAACAAAGAUGUCAAAUCAGCCUUAAGGAAUCUAUUUCCUAAGAAAAGCUUUGCCCAGGAGAAUAAAUGA